AUCGCAUCAUCUGCAUCCGCCUUCCAUCCAGCCCUUCCGUCAAUGCUUUCUUUUCUCUCUCUCUCUCUCUCUCUCUCUCUCUUCUCUCUUCUUUCUCUUCCUCCUCUCUUUUCUCUUUCUCUUCCUCUCAAUCGCCUCAUUCAUCCUUCCCAUCGUCUAUCCAUCUCCUUCCCUUUUAUCUCACCUCAUCUAUCUUUGAACUGCCCUUCUUUCAUCCCAUUGUUUCCACUCCAUUAUCCUCUAUCUCAUCCAUCCCUUCGGACCUCCUACUAUCCAUUCGACUCUCCCAGGCACCGCCACGGCCUCGACACCCCGUGGAUCCUCAUCCACGCGUGCCCUUGUUGAUUGACUACUAGCUCACCCUGCAGGACAGAUCCGUUCGCUUCCCUAGAUUCCUCUCCGUCGCAUUUCCCUCCUCGCAUCUCACCAUGUGUCCCAUGCUCGCCAACGACUUCUCCGAUGGCCCGGCCAUGGUCCUCUCCCCGUCCCAGGAUCAUGCCUUUCUGAAUUUCUCCCGUGCCUCCAAGCGGGACAUCGUUCCCCCCGCAAUGCUCUUCGGGGCCGCACAUCCGCCCCCGUCUAAACCCUCCCGCAAGAGGUCCCGCGACGAGGCGGCCUUCGAAGAGGCCCUCCACCCAAAUCCUCCUGUGUUCAUGCCCACCCCGGAGCCUCAGCGACAAGAACCACCUCUCUUUGGCUCCUCCGGCGUAACGAACCUCCCUCCUACCGGCGGAACGGUCAGCACCACCCCACCCGUCGCGUCCUGGUCCUCGGACGCUAGCGCGGACCAACUCCGCGGCCGCAAGGCCACGCGCUUGGGUCCCACGACCCCGGGUCUCCAGGACAGUACCCUCGCAUCCAUGCCGCAUCCUCUCGCAGACGGCCCCCACGCCGCCGCUCCCGAAGCGCGCAAUCGCUCUCCCCAAGAACCGACCGUCGACGACACCACGCACCUCCUCGGGAUCAGCUGGCAACGGAUCCAGGUGGACGACUGCGACCUGGCGGCGGCCGCGCGCGGCUGGAAGAAGUACAUCGACCGACAAUUCGCCACCCACCUCGGGGAGUGUGAGAUCCUCAUGAAGAAUCGCGCCCUCAACGCGUACCUGGUCAGUGCGCGACCGGCCGCUCCGAUGGGUCUUGGCACCACUCCCGCUUUCUACCUCUUCAACGAUGACCUCACGCAGGCCCAGCUGGUGGGCUCCAGCUGGGAGGCGGCCCUGCGCCAUCUGAGCGCGAGCCCGAUCACUUUUGAGGGCACUCAGAUCCUCGGCGCGUCGGACCGACCUCUCGUGGACGUGCCGCACGACCAGAAUCUCCUCGGCGCCAACCCGGCCGAGCCGCCUCUCCUCCAGACCAUGUGCGCCCAGCCGGCAUCUCUAGGGACGGGGAUGGACCUGGACGCCUAGUGUGGCCGAUUGACUCGCCAUUGACCAGUAUUCGCUCACGACGACGACGAUCCACGACGCCACAAGCGAUACCUAACUGUAUUUUCUUUCUUUCUUUCUUUCUUUCUUUCUUUCUUUCUUUCUUUCUUCUCUUUUUCUUUUUCUUUUCUUUCUUUCAGCAGGAACUGGUGGGUUGGAUUGGGAAAUGGGGUUUCAUGAUGUACUUUCUGU